CAGCACGGUAACAAUCUACGUGAGCUGCAUCUCAUUUACAGCUGGAAGUGGGUGACGUGCAGUCAGCAUCUUGGUUUGAAAUUAAACUUGUUUUUGCACAGCUGUUUAGCUGGUGUAUUUUCUAAACAGUUGGAUAUGAAAAGACCUCCGAACUUACUUUGUCAACAACGGGCUGUUUGCCACUGAAACACCCGACUGAUGUGACUGUUUGUGGUGGAUUUGUGAGAGCUGUACGGUUUAAAAAAUAUGCAAGCGCCCAGCCGGCCGGACUACGUGUCUGUCCACUUGACUGGACAACAGACUGGGAGCUACAAUAAUGGCAAGCAGUGGAGGAGGCAGUCGUACUGGAGGAAAUGGAAGCAGCUGUCCAGGCUACAGCGAAGUCUUUUCCUCUUCAUGCUCGUUCUGCUUUUCAUCUGUGGCCUGGCUUCCUAUUCUUCUGUUACCAAGCAGCUCCGAGGUUUUACAGUGAGAGAGCAGGAGACGGAGAGCAACAUCCUUCAGAAACCCUUCAAACCUCAUGCGCUACCGGAGCCGGUCAAACAGGGCCAAGACCCGCUGCCUGACCAGCUCUCUCAGAGGAAAUUAUCCAAUAAGAGAGGACCUCCUGUCCGUCCGAACCGUCUUCAGAAGCAAGGAAACACAUCUAAUAUCCUGUCUGAAGUCAAGGUAGCUGACAUCAAGAAGGAGGGAGAGGAGGAGAGAGUCAUCAGCUGGCGUGGGGCGGUGAUCGACACUGUCCAGGCCACAGACGGCACCAAGGAUGGAGAAAACAAGGAGGACUCGCCUGGCAACCGGAAUGUCAACCAGUCAAAAGUUUUAGAGACAGAGCGGAUGGAAGCAGUGCGGGAAGCUUUCAGACAUGCCUGGAAGGGUUACAAAGAAUAUGCCUGGGGCCACGACGAGCUCCGGCCCGUCUCCAGGUCCUACAGCGAGUGGUUUGGGCUCGGCCUCACGCUGAUCGAUGCACUGGACACCAUGUGGAUCCUGGAGCUCAAGCAGGAGUUUGAAGAAGCCAGGGAAUGGAUUGCCUCAGAGCUCACCUUCAACAGAAAUGUUGAUGUUAAUCUGUUUGAAACUACCAUCCGCAUCCUGGGAGGCCUGCUGAGCACCUACCACCUGACCGGGGACAGCCUCUUCCUGGACAAAGCUAAAGACGUUGGCUCCAGGCUGAUGCCAGCCUUCAACACACAGUCCAAGAUUCCCUACUCUGAUGUAAACAUUGGGAAAGGCACCGCCCACCCGCCUCGCUGGACCUCUGACAGCACUGUGGCUGAAGUUACAAGCAUUCAGCUGGAGUUCAGGGAGCUCAGCCGGCUCACCCAGGAACCUCAGUACCAGGCUGCAGUAGCUGAAGUCAUGAAUCAGGUCCACAAGCUAGAAGGCAAGCUGGACGGUCUUGUUCCCAUGUUCAUCAACACUAACAGUGGACAGUUCACCCAUCAAGGCAUCUUCACACUGGGAGCCAGAGCAGACAGCUACUAUGAAUACCUGCUGAAGCAGUGGAUCCAAGGGGGCAAGAAGGAGGACCAGUUUUUGGAAGACUAUCUGCAGGCCAUUGAGGGUGUAAAGAAGAACUUGCUACAGAAAUCUUCACCAAACGGUCUUGUUUUUGUUGGAGAACUCUCCCAUGGGCAGUUCAGUCCUAAAAUGGAUCAUCUGGUAUGUUUCCUCCCCGGUACUUUGGCCCUCGGUGCUCAUAAUGGCCUCCCUGCUGACCACAUGGACCUGGCCAAGGAGCUGAUGCACACCUGCUACCAGAUGUACGUCCAGAUGGAGACUGGCCUCAGUCCUGAGAUUGUUCACUUCAACAUGCACCAGGGCAGUAUCAGAGACAUUGAUGUGAAGCCUGCAGACAGACACAACCUUCUUCGACCAGAGACUGUGGAGAGUCUCUUCUAUCUGUACAGGUUCACUAAAGAUCGCAAAUACCAGGACUGGGGCUGGAAAAUUCUGCAAAACUUUAACAAGUACACCAAGGUUUCCUCUGGUGGCUACACAUCCAUCAACAACGUGUGUGAUCCAGAUUAUCCCAGUCCCAGAGACAAGAUGGAGAGCUUCUUCCUGGGAGAGACCCUGAAAUAUUUCUACCUGCUCUUCUCCGAGGACGCUGACCUCAUCAGUCUUGACAAGUACGUCUUCAACACCGAGGCUCACCCGCUGCCCAUAUGGCCUCCGGCUGAGCCACAGCCACUGUGAACCAGAACACUCCUCAGGGUUGGUAUGACACCAGAACCACCUCUGUCUGUGUAAGUAACAGAACUACAUCAGAUGCGUGAAUCAUGAAAACUGGCUCUUUUAUGCUAUCCAGACUUUGCUUGUAUGGAAAAGUCAAGUCACUUUCAUGGCUAUGCCUUUGUUUAUUUGUUGUACUCAUUGGUUUUGUGCUGGUGAUGAUCAGAUCCUGACCCUGAUCAGGAGGAACUGUGGUGGGUGGGUCGAUCACAGCUGGAGCUGCUGGGCCAAGUUCUACCACAUCCACUUUGGAACUACCUGAUUUUUUUCCUUUUUUUUUCAGAAAUGGUUUCUAGACUUUUUUUUCUACUGUUAUUAAAAACAAAGUAUCUACCUUGCAGCUGUGAGCGACUGCAGGCUCGUCGUCUCCACAUUCCAAGCAAGUGGAACCGUUUCUCUCCCAGGAACAGGAAGUAGUUCUCAUCAUGAGCCAUUUGGUGAGACUGAAGCUGUUUUUAGUCGUCCCCAGAGCUUCCUGACGGGCGCACAGCUGUGCUGCAUUCAUGUCAUUCAGCUGCAGCUCCUUCAACAUGUGUCCUGAUUGUUAAAGAUCUAAUAGAAAAUAUAGAAUUUCUCUCUAAA